CCUCCAGGAAUUCCGCCAGGGAUUCCUCCAGGAAUUCCGCCAGGGAUUCCUCCAGGGAUUCCUCCAGGGAUUCCUCCAGGGAUUCCGCCAGGGAUUCCUCCAGGGAUUCCGCCAGGGAUUCCUCCAGGGAUUCCGCCAGGGAUUCCUCCAGGGAUUCCGCCAGGGAUUCCUCCAGGGAUUCCGCCAGGGAUUCCUCCAGGGAUUCCGCCAGGGAUUCCUCCAGGGAUUCCGCCAGGGAUUCCUCCAGGGAUUCCGCCAGGGAUUCCUCCAGGGAUUCCGCCAGGGAUUCCUCCAGGGAUUCCGCCAGGGAUUCCUCCAGGGAUUCCGCCAGGGAUUCCUCCAGGGAUUCCGCCAGGGAUUCCUCCAGGGAUUCCGCCAGGGAUUCCUCCAGGGAUUCCGCCAGGGAUUCCUCCAGGGAUUCCACCAGGGAUUCCUCCAGGGAUUCCGCCAGGGAUUCCUCCAGGGAUUCCGCCAGGGAUUCCUCCAGGGAUUCCGCCAGGGAUUCCUCCAGGGAUUCCGCCAGGGAUUCCUCCAGGGAUUCCGCCAGGGAUUCCUCCAGGGAUUCCGCCAGGGAUUCCUCCAGGGAUUCCGCCAGGGAUUCCUCCAGGGAUUCCGCCAGGGAUUCCUCCAGGGAUUCCGCCAGGGAUUCCUCCAGGGAUUCCGCCAGGGAUUCCUCCAGGGAUUCCGCCAGGGAUUCCUCCAGGGAUUCCGCCAGGGAUUCCUCCAGGGAUUCCGCCAGGGAUUCCUCCAGGGAUUCCGCCAGGGAUUCCUCCAGGGAUUCCGCCAGGGAUUCCUCCAGGGAUUCCGCCAGGGAUUCCUCCAGGGAUUCCGCCAGGGAUUCCUCCAGGGAUUCCGCCAGGGAUUCCUCCAGGGAUUCCGCCAGGGAUUCCUCCAGGGAUUCCGCCAGGGAUUCCUCCAGGGAUUCCGCCAGGGAUUCCUCCAGGGAUUCCGCCAGGGAUUCCGCCAGGGAUUCCUCCAGGGAUUCCGCCAGGGAUUCCUUCAGGGAUUCCGCCAGGGAUUCCUCCAGGGAUUCCGCCAGGGAUUCCUCCAGGGAUUCCGCCAGGGAUUCCUCCAGGGAUUCCGCCAGGGAUUCCUCCAGGGAUUCCGCCAGGGAUUCCUCCAGGGAUUCCGCCAGGGAUUCCUCCAGGGAUUCCGCCAGGGAUUCCUCCAGGGAUUCCGCCAGGGAUUCCUCCAGGGAUUCCGCCAGGGAUUCCUCCAGGGAUUCCGCCAGGGAUUCCUCCAGGGAUUCCGCCAGGGAUUCCUCCAGGGAUUCCGCCAGGGAUUCCUCCAGGGAUUCCGCCAGGGAUUCCUCCAGGGAUUCCGCCAGGGAUUCCUCCAGGGAUUCCGCCAGGGAUUCCUCCAGGGAUUCCGCCAGGGAUUCCUCCAGGGAUUCCGCCAGGGAUUCCUCCAGGGAUUCCGCCAGGGAUUCCUCCAGGGAUUCCGCCAGGGAUUCCUCCAGGGAUUCCGCCAGGGAUUCCUCCAGGGAUUCCGCCAGGGAUUCCUCCAGGGAUUCCGCCAGGGAUUCCUCCAGGGAUUCCGCCAGGGAUUCCUCCAGGGAUUCCGCCAGGGAUUCCUCCAGGGAUUCCGCCAGGGAUUCCUCCAGGGAUUCCGCCAGGGAUUCCUCCAGGGAUUCCGCCAGGGAUUCCUCCAGGGAUUCCGCCAGGGAUUCCUCCAGGGAUUCCGCCAGGGAUUCCUCCAGGGAUUCCGCCAGGGAUUCCUCCAGGGAUU